CGCCCCUCGCGCACACCGCUCAAGCUCCAGUGCUCUUCCCCUCCUUCCCUCUCCAGUUACUGCCGCACAGCCAUGGCGGACAGCGCGAGCGAGAGCGACACUGACGGAGCGGGGAGCAGCUCGGCCACCCCGAUGUCCUCCUCCGCUUCAAAUUCUGGGAAACCAAGUAUAGUCAUUUCACAGUUUCGCUUGGAGGAGCUAACGAACCGUCUUGCAUCGUUACAACAAGAGAACAAAGUUCUGAAAAUCGAGCUUGAGACGUUUAAACUAAAGUGUAAAGCCCUGCAGGAGGAGAAUCGGGACCUCCGCAAAGCUAGCGUCACCAUUCAAGCAAGAGCAGAGCAGGAGGAAGAAUUCAUCAGCAACACCUUGUUCAAGAAGAUCCAAGCUCUCCAGAAGGAGAAAGAGACCUUGGCAGUCAACUAUGAAAAGGAGGAAGAAUUUCUCACAAAUGAACUGUCAAGGAAACUUAUGCAAGUGAGUGAUCUGAAGAAUGGUCAGAGAUUAAUACUAAAAAGUUUGCCCUUUGGCACCAUCUUGUUUUUUUCUGAAAUGUAUUUCUUUGUUUUCCGUUUCCAGUUGAGGAGGGAGAAGAUUGACCUUGAGAACACGUUAGAGCAAGAACAAGAAGCACUUGUCAACAGGCUGUGGAAGCGGAUGGACAAACUGGAGGCGGAGAAAAGAAUCCUUCAAGAGAAGUUGGACCAGCCUGUAUCAGCUCCUCCUUCUCCUCGAGAUGUUUCCAUGGAAAUAGACUCACCAGAGAACAUGAUGCGGCAUAUCCGCUUCCUGAAGAAUGAGGUGGAAAGACUCAAGAAAAGUCUGCGUACCACUGAGUUGCAGCACACUGAGAAGCGGGCCCAGUACAUAGAAGAGGAGCGGCAGAUGCGGGAGGAGAACAUUCGGUUGCAAAGAAAGCUUCAGAGAGAGAUGGAGCGCAGGGAGGCUCUAUGCAGGCAACUGUCUGAGAGUGAAUCCAGUCUGGAGAUGGAUGAUGAGAGAUACUUCAAUGAGAUGUCACAAGGUCUACGAGCGAGGACGGUGUCCAGCCCCAUCCCCUACACCCCCUCCCCCAGCUCGAGUCGACCCAUAUCACCCGGGCUCUCAUAUGGAACACACACAGUAGGCUUCACGCCUCCAGCAACGCUGUCCAGAGCUUCCAUUUCCCACUACAACACCCCCGCCCUGCACAUUCACGGAAGCUCUUCUCAUGCCGUAGCGAGGCCCUCCCCAAGAAGGAGCACCAGUCCUGACAAAUUCAAACGUCCAACACCACCGCCCUCUCCUAACACGCACUCAGGGGCCCAGCAGGUCCAACCUCCACUUCCCCCACCGGCCCAGCCCAUGGUCCAGUCCAUGUCCUCGCCGGCGGCCAUGUCACAUCACGCAGCACCGCAGCAGCAGCCUCCCUCCCAGCCUUAACGCCUCACACGUGCACACCCACACAGUCUCUGUCUCUGCGCAUGACUGCGCAUUGAUUGCCACGAUGCUACCGCUGUAACUUCCAUCUUUUCCAGCUCUGGAAGUGAAGUUCCUUACUCUUAAAGUCCACAAGACGCAGCUUCAGAUGUUUUGGAGGGAAAAGGAAACAAGAAGGCGACUCGGCCUCAGUCACGGUAGCGGCCUGCCAAAUCCACAUGUGGCGUUACUCAUCUACUCUUAAAAGGAAAGGAUGGACUUCAGAAUAAAUGCUUCUGGGAUUUGUAGGAUAAAUACUUGUUCCACCUUCUGUCUUGUACCUGUUCUGUUCUCUGCUUGGGACUCUAGACGGUUGGAGUUGUUGUUGUGGCGCUUCAAAGAUAGCACAAACAGCACAGUUAGUGUGUUCCAUGGUGGUGUUUUAUUAUAGGUUGGAUGUUCGGAUUGAUGGAUGUACAGCUAGAGAAGUGGAUGGAUGGAUUGAUUUUUCUUUUUUUUUAUGCCUAUAAUAUGACACAUAGCAGUAAAGUCCUCCACUCCAGCUCACCCUUUGUUUUCUAAGCCGUGUCAUUAUGACCAAGUUAAUCGUGGCUUCGACUAGGUCUUUAAAAAAAAGAGUUGUAGAAGGCUGUCGGGAUGUUCUCCAUCGUAGGACACAGUGCAGUUAUUUUAGUUCCUGAAAGCCUUCAAAUAAAGUUAAAGUUAAAAAAAAAUAUCCAUGAAGAUUGACACUGGUUCAGAAACCAGAGAUUAAUGUCAACAACUAUAAUCCAAGGUGUUACAGCUUAGUCAUGUACUCAGUCUUCUCUCUGAUCUAUCUCCAGUGUAUUUCUGAAAGCUUCUAUCAUCCUAAUGGAUAUUUCUCAUCAGAAAAAAAAGAAAAUCAUAAAUCUACACUAAAUAUACAUACAGAUAGAGCAUUCUGAUUGAAUGGUACUGUUGGCUAAAUUUCUAUGUAUGAUUAAAGCUCUUGACAUGACAAGACUGGCUUUGUUCGUUUUAUGAGGAAUUGCUACUCAUUUGUAAUCCUGUGAGGAUUUAAAAAUGCACCUCCACAAACAUCUGUUAUAGUUUCCCUAAUCGAAAAUCCAUUGAUUUUUAUGCACAUAUUUAUCGGAUUACUGUAUAUUUAGCCUGCUUGUAAUGUCUCAUUGUGGAACUUAUCAUAUCCUUCAUUCUAAUGGUAAUUGAUGGAAAAUGUUUGUGCCUUAAAUAAAUCUGCACCAUCAA